AUUGGCAUUCAGAAUGGUACAGGUUUAUUGUUAUUGUUGCCGUUCACUUUCAAUUUGGAGACAAUAUGUCUCGUUAAUCGAGAUGCCCACCUGUUCAUUUCUAACAAAAGGGUCUCCUUUUUCCUGCUUUCUGGUUCACAAGAGAAACAUUGGGCUGCCGAUCUCUGAUGAGUGCAAGAAUAUGUUCACGGAGCUCAAGAAGAAGAAGGCGCACAAGUUCAUCGUUUUCAAGAUCGACGAGCACUCGAAGCUGGUGAUGGUCGACCAGGUCGGCGGAUCCGCUGCAAGUUAUGAAGAACUCGCCGCGUCUCUUCCGAGCGACGAUUGCCGAUAUGCCGUCUUCGAUUUCGACUUUGUCACGAUUGACAAUUUCCCGAUGAGCAAGAUCUUCUUGAUCACCUGGUCCCCAAGUGCUUCAAAAAUAAGAGCGAAGAUGUUGUAUGCAACUUUCAAGGAUGGCUUGAGGAGGGCUCUAGAGGGGAUUCAUUAUGAGCUACAGGCGACCGACCCAACCGAGAUGGGGAUUGAGGUUAUCAAAGACAAAGCAAAAUAGAGCCAUUCGUCUCUCAUUCCCAUGUUAGCUUACACACACGCUCCUAAUUGUAGUGCUGCUAAUUAAACUGAAAAUA